AUGGUCAUGGUUUCGGUUGUUGCAUUUACAUUUGGGCCUAUAACGCAAACAUUAAUUAUUCAUCUAUUGAACACGACGAAUGUGACCGACAAUGUUGACUUCAUCAUCACCUUGGAACAGGACUUCUAUGGGUUGGAUGUGAAAAGAAACCUGCUCCAUUACUUCAUUUUUGAAACUUGCGCUGUGGCCACCAACUACUGGGUGGCAGCAAUGUUUGGUGUUACCCUAGCCACCAUACAAUCCAUAAUUAAAAGCUCUAUUACAUUGCUCAAGUUGGUAGCGAACCGGCUAGACAGGCUGCACGAGUUUUCCGGACCGUCCUUAAAGCAAGAAUUGUCCGAAAUCAUCGACUUACACGUGGAUGCUCUAAGUUGCUUGGAACAGUUUGAAAGCUACAUUGGUUGGACUAUGCUACUACAAUUGUGCAAUUGUGUUACGAUCUGGAUCAUGUUGGUUCUGAUUUUGAGCAGUAGCUUUGACUUGAAUACGUUUAGUGUGCUGGUUCUGCUGGUGGUAACAACCGGCGAAACAUAUGCUAUUUGUAAAUGGGCAACGGAGUUAAGUGAUGCGAGCGCAGCUGUAGGAGACGUUUCCUUUCAUGCACAGUGGUACAAUCUGCCAGCGGAUGUUCAAAGGGCACACGCAUCGGUUGUGCAAAGGGCUCAGAAGCGCGAGGGUAUUAAGGUAGCUGGUUUCCAGUAUUUGGAUAUGGCAUUGUUUGAAAUGCUGGUUCGAAGGUCGUAUUCAAUUUUCAUGGUAGUACGAGAUCAGCUGUAA